ACCCUAGUGGAAUAGAACUUGCAUUUCCCCGACUAAAGCCCCAGCCUGCAAUUCGAUAGAAUUUUCAGGGACUAUGGGAGGGUUUAGCAGAGCGGUGUUCCUAGGCAGAGCCAUCAGGAAUGACUUCGCGACCAUUCCCGGGAUUACCAAUGGCAAAACGUAUCACCGUCUACCUCAACUGGCCUCCCAUGGCACAUGCUCCAUUCCUGACCCUCAUUGGCCAUCGCAGAAGCUUGUUGAUCACUUGAGGUUUUCUAGUCCAGCUAUUGCUAGCGGCGUCGCAGGUGUUGUUAGCUAUAGCUCUGCUUCUGCCGUGUCUCCUUCUCGAGACGUCUGCGAGAAGGGAACACCACCUGCAGAAGGGGUUAUGCCCAAAGACGUCGUACUCUAUCAGUACGAAGCUUGCCCGUUCUGCAACAAGGUUAAAGCAUUCCUAGACUAUUAUGAUAUUCCAUACAAAAUAGUGGAAGUCAACCCGAUCAACAAAAAGGAGAUUAAGUGGUCUGAUUACAAGAAGGUCCCUAUCGUGACAGUUGAUAGUGAACAAAUGGUUGAUUCAUCAGACAUAAUUGAUAAGUUACUUAAAAGGAUGCAUCCUGGUUAUGAUCUAAAUGCUGAUGAAGAAAAGAGGUGGCGUGGGUGGGUGGAUAACCACUUGGUACAUGUAUUGUCGCCAAACAUAUAUCGCACUGUUCCUGAGGCCCUUGAAUCAUUUGACUAUAUCACUACUCGGGGCAAUUUUAGCUUCAUUGAGAGGCUAACUGCGAAGUAUGGUGGGGCUGCAGCUAUGUAUUUUGUGUCAAAGAAAUUGAAGAAGAAGCACAAGAUUGCUGAUGAACGAGCAGCAUUAUAUGGAGCUGCUGAACAGUGGGUAGACGCUUUGAAUGGCCGGAAGUUUCUUGGUGGAUCAAAUCCUAAUUUGGCUGACCUUGCUGUCUUCGGUGUCCUGAGACCUAUCCGCCACCUCAAUUCUGGCAGAGAUAUGGUUGAGCAUACACAGAUCGGGAAAUGGUAUUCCGAUAUGGAAGAAACAGUAGGGCAGUCUUCUUGUGUCGAUGCAAUGAGAUAGACCACGAGUGUUCUUUUUUCUUUUUGGGUGAGGGCAUGCUAUAGAUUUGGGGAAACGAACAGUCUAAGUUUGGAGUUGAUGUUUUGCUCAUGUCGUCGCCUUUUGGACAUAAGUAUGUUCUGUGAUGUACUGACGUCCCAAAAUAGCGCAGCGUAUUAAUAUCCAUCACGUUUUGGGAUGGGCACCACGGUCUUUUCAUGCUCCAAUCUGAUUACGCAGGUAUCGAAUGAGGCCUUUGGUAGGCAAUCAGUUUAUAGGGUGGCUUUGGACAGGCAGUAUUGUGGUAGCUAGGAUAUUGUUAGGCUCCUUCGAUUGGUGAUAUUUAUUCAAUUUUGAAGAACGCAAUAACUCCUUUUAAGUUGUCAGGCUUCUUGUAACAGUGAUUUAUAUUUAUAUAUGCAGCAUGAUGUAAAAAUUAUCAUGAGUCAUUAAUUAUUCGUAUGGCAUUUUUCAGUAA